ACGAGGGUUCGGAGAUUCCGAAGGCCAAGGCCUGUACACUUGCAACCUUCGUACAUCUCUCCCAAUGUGAAUAAUGCUCUCCCCUUGAUGAUGCUGAAUUCCUAUAGACUGCGGAUUUCCAACCCUGGAUGGGCUCACUGCUAUUCUACCAAUGCCGCCGCCUCUUCUCCCGCCCCCUCGCACAUUGUCUGUCCCGGGCGUUCCAAUCGCCGCCGUUUCGCCCCUCUCGCUGUUCAAGCGAGGGAUAACGCCUACUCCGACCCGUUGCCUUCCUCUCAGCUCUCCUCCACCGUCGGAUCCUCCGCCGCCUUUCAGCCCUCUAAUUGGACGUUUACGCAUCGUCACGUUCAGUUCCUUACUUACAUAGCUUGCGCGGCAGCAAUUUCUGCAACUUGGCUCUUCUGUUCGGCAAUUCCAACACUUCUGGCCUUCAAGAGAGCUGCUGAGUCAAUGGAGAAGCUAAUAGAUGCAACUAGGGAAGAGCUACCCAGCACAAUGGCUGCCAUUCGAUUAUCUGGGAUGGAAAUCAGCGAUUUAACAAUGGAGCUCAGUGACCUCGGCCAAGAAAUAACACAAGGAGUGAGGAGUUCAACUCGAGCAGUUCGCUUGGCUGAAGAAAGAUUGAGAGGACUAACAGCCGUGAAUCCAAUAGCAUCCACGCAGGAAGUGAUGCAGACAAAACCCCAGAUAGCAGAGCCAAUUCUAGCUAGAACUGCACGGGGAAUGAGAGAGGGAAUUGUUAAAGGCCGUGCAGCCCUGCAGAUAUUUUUCACUCUAAGCCGGUAUUCUAAGAUUCUCCUCAACUUCUUCACUUCUCGUGCAAAGUCAUAAUCCAGGUAUACUUCCAUCACAUUCUACAUGGUUUUUUAGUGAUCGAGCAUUUCUUAAUAGUGUGUGAAUCUUUCUUCCGUAUAUCUUAGGAAAUCUGGACAUGUGCAUGUAUGAUAUAUUGUUGGAUGCAUGCGCUCGUCGUUAUGUGUAGAAUUUAUGUUAGGGAAUAAUGUGGGUAUAAAGUGUUGAUCUUAGAGAACUGAUGUGUUUUCCUGCCUCAA